UAGAUCCGCACUGUCUUUCUCAUCUUAAUAAUAUACCGAAAAUAUUCUGACAAAUGUAAAUUCUAUUAUUCACAUUCCUUGAUUUUGAUAUUCCGUUGAAUAAUGCUGACCAACUAAAACCCUUAGCUCCUCCCACAUAGUUUUAUCCCAUUGAUGAAGAUUGAGAGCUAAAAGAACCAAUAAUCGUUUCGAAGAAAGCAGAUCGGCCAUCGCUACUAUCGACUGGAUGCGAGUGGUGCGCGCCAAAUAGGUAUUGUUUGAAAGUGAAAAAACGAAAAGAAUAUAAAUGCAAUCCAUUGGAAUAAAUGAUGCUCCUAUGAAUGACUAAUCGAAAUUGAAUCGCCGCUUUCCAUCGAACCGAUAGCCAUAGGCUGCUGCAUUUUUUGUGUCCACCAGCGCAGGAUUGCGAUGUUUAAAGAAACUACCAUGACCAUGAGCGGGACGAGAGGUGCUAUUCGGGAUUCCUUCAACUUCCCGCGGAUAGAAAGCCUCGAACAUGCCCUCAGGUGGAAGGCAACAUUCUGCUAUUUUGGGAUCAUUUGGAUCCUAGGGCUUGGCAUUCAUCAGUGGCAUUCGGACCAACAAGAAAACAGCCAAUAUAUUGAAUAUUUUUGUAACCACAUUCAUUAUGUAUCAAUUACGCACGCACGCGAGCGGUUUGUUUACUUUUACUUUUCGGCUACAAGACAAGACAGAACUGAACCCGCUUAAGCCCCGUUAAGACCCGUUGCAAGCUGUGGACCAAGUAAACUUACCAAUGUUGGCCAAAACGAAUGGCUGGUGUAGCAUUAAUAUGAAUGUACUUAUGUAUGUAAAUAAUUUGUGUUGUUGUUGCUGCAGACAGCUGUUGAAUGCUGUUUGACUUAACCGGGUUGGCAGCGCUACACAAAAAAGCUUCUCAUCUGGCAUCUUUGAAUAUAAAGUCCCCCAUUCUAUCCCCACAUUCGCCCACAUUAUCAACGAUUUCGCGCAUCGUAAAAUGUCGAAUAUCCACCAAGGAAAGCUGGUUGCAGAUCUAACAUCUUUGACCGAGCCCCUCAAUAAUCAUGAACGCUACCCUCCUAUUCCGCUGCCAGCCUGAGAGAAGAGAACCACCAACAACAUCUCAGGCGUUUGACGCCGCGGUGCAGUUUAAAGCAGCUCCGCUCUUGGAGUCUGGAAAAAUCAUAGUACGAGUACCUACCCAUGGGUAUGAGGAAGUCUAUGGGGAGGAGGUUAAGAACAUACACUUCGAUGACCAGACCAUACGCAAAGGCUUCAUUUGCAAGGUUUAUUCCAUUCUGCUGGUACAAUUGCUUUUCACCUGUGGUACUAUCGCCCUUUUUCUGCACCACGAGCCAACACAAAUGUUUGUGCAGAAGAAUCCCGUUGUGCUCAUAGUGGCCGCAGUCCUUAAUAUCAUAGUUCUGAUCAUGAUAGUCUGUAUAGAAGGCGUCCGACGCGCUCAUCCCACAAACCUUUUUUGUCUUGGAAUCUUCACCGUGACAAUGUCUCUGAUGCUGGGCUGCGUUUCCAGCGUAAUGAACGCCAACUUGGUGCUUAUUGCUGUUGGAGUAACCGCGUUCCUGGUCAUCGGCCUGUCUGUUGAUGCCAUUCAAACGAAAGUUGACUACACCGCCAUGGGCGGGGUCCUAGUCACAUUUGUGAUGUGCAUCAUCGACUUUGGCUUGAGCAACCUGCUCAUGCCGAGCCUCACCGAAAAUAUAGCCAUGUCGUCUUUAAUGGCCAUUAUUGCCUGCUUCUUCCUCAUCUACGAUACACAACAGAUCAUCGGCGGGAAUCACGAAUAUCAGUUCAGUCCGGAGGAAUACGUAUUUGCCGCUCUCACACUGUACGUCGAUGUGGUUCGCAUUCUCGUAUAUAUCCUACGGAUUCUUCAAAAGUUCAACUAGUGGAUUGCUAAAAAGAUCCCACGACAGUAUCCUUUCGCAAGGCAGGAUCCGAUCCAUGCUCUCAAUUUUAUGGACUUAUUAAUGUAUUUAUUUGCUGUAAGAUGAUAAGUGAUAAGUGAUCGAAAAGCAGUGCCAAACCAACAGCGAUCGAAACAGAAUGUUACAUCGCAAUUGUUGCAACUAAUUUUGUUCUGCGCCUGGCGCAUUACGAGUGCAUGCCAAAGUGCUGUAUCCAAAAUAGAAAUACGACUGUUGCAUUAUUGGUAAUUCAAUAUUUUAUAAACUUAAUUUUUUGGCUCGUUUUGUCCUACGGUAGUUACAAUAAGUUUAUUAUUUAAUUAUACUGUAUAUCUGUGUGUACGUGUACGUGUAUGUGUAUAGUUAUGGUUAUUGGUAUGGGUGUAACUAUAAAAUACAAUCACAAAAUGUA